CGGAAGUGGCUGCGUUCCGAGGGUCCCUCCGGCGGUGUGUCGCUCGCUCUCUCUUCGUCACCGGGAGGGAGGAAGACGCAGCUGGCUUCCCAGCCCAGAGGCCCCUUGGAGGAUGCAGUUAUGGGCGCUGUCGCCGUGGAGCUUGUUCACUCCAUUCUUAUGUACCUACUUUUGCACCUUGUAAUCAUCUUUUAUGACUCAGAUUUUUAUUUUGUGUCAGUAAGUACUCCAUAAAGUAUCAACAUGGGAAAGAAACGGACAAAGGGAAAAUCUGUUGCAAUUGAUGACACCUCUGAAUCUUUAGAACCCAUAUGCAGACAUAUUAGAAAAGGAUUGGAACAAGGUAAUUUGAAAAAAGCUUUAGUGAAUGUGGAAUGGAAUAUUUGCGAAGACUGUAAGACAGACAAUAAAGUUAAAGAUAAGUCUGAAGAAGAAACAGAAGAAAACCCUUCAGUUUGGCUGUGUCUCAAAUGUGGCCAUCAGGGCUGUGGCAGGGAUUCCCAGGAGCAGCAUGCCUUGAAGCACUACAAGACACCUCGCUCGGAGCCUCACUGUUUGGUUCUUAAUUUGGACAACUGGAGUGUAUGGUGUUAUAUCUGUGAUGAGGAAGUCCAGUAUUGUAGUUCAAACCGAUUGGGCCAAGUGGUUGAUUAUAUUAGAAAACAAGCUCGUAUUACAGCUCCAAAACCAGCAGAAAAAGAUAAUGGGAACAUUGAACUUGAAAAUAAAAAAUUAGAAAAAGAGAGUAAAAAUGAACAAGAGAGAGAAAAAAAGGAAAGCAUAGCUAAAGAAAGUCCUCCCAUGAAUUCUGCCUCCCAAAUAACAGUGAAAGGACUCAGUAAUUUGGGAAAUACAUGCUUCUUCAAUGCAGUUAUGCAGAAUUUAUCACAAACACCAGUGCUUAGAGAACUACUGAAAGAAGUGAAAAUGUCUGGAACAAUUGUAAAAAUUGAACCACCUGAUUUGGCAUUAACAGAAUCCUUAGAAAUACACCUUGAGCCCCCUGGCCCUCUUACUUUAGCCAUGAGCCAGUUUCUAAAUGAGAUGCAAGAGACCAAAAAGGGAAUUGUGACGCCUCGAGAACUCUUUUCUCAGGUCUGUAAAAAAGCAGUACGAUUUAAAGGCUACCAGCAGCAAGAUAGCCAAGAACUACUUCGCUAUUUAUUGGAUGGAAUGAGAGCAGAAGAAAACCAAAGAGUGAGUAAAGGAAUUCUUAAAGCUUUUGGUAAUUCUACUGAAAAAUUGGAUGAAGAACUAAAAAAUAAAGUUAAAGAUUAUGAAAAGAAAAAGUCAAUACCAAGUUUUGUGGAUCGCAUCUUUGGUGGUGAACUAACUAGUACAAUCAUGUGUGAUGAAUGCCGGACUGUCUCCUUGGUUCAUGAAUCUUUCCUUGAUUUGUCUCUCCCAGUUUUAGAUGAUCAGAAUGGUAAGAAAAAUAUAAAUGAUAAAAACCUGAAAAAGACAAUGGAGGAUGAAGAUAAAGACAGCGAGGAAGAAAAAGACAAUGACAGUUACAUAAAAGCAAGAAAUGACAUUCCUACAGGACCAAGUAAGCACUUACAGAAAAAAGCAAAGAAGCAAGCCAAAAAGCAAGCAAAGAACCAACGAAGGCAACAAAAAUUUCAAGGCAAAGUUCUUCAUUUAAAUGAUAUUUGUGUCCAGGAUCAUGCUGAAGACAAUGAAUGUGAGGCUGAAAUGUCACUUCAGGAAGAAGUGGAUGUUGAGUCUAAUCAUAUUUCACAAGAGGAAGUUACAGAUAAAGAAUUUUGUGUGAAUCAGAAAGAUGAGAGUGGUCAAGAAAAAACAAUAGACAGUAUGAAUGACAAUCACACAUCCAUAGAGGAAACUGAUACGAGAAAUGUCAACCUGGACAAUGACUUAGAGUGGGCAUCUUUUCCCAUUGAGUGUAGUAGGAGCGCCAGUGGUGCCUGCCUGGAAGAAAGGAGUGAUGGAGAAGCAGACAUUGCCAAUGGUUUAAAAAACCUUAAUUUGAAUGCUGGGCUUCAACCUGAUGAAAUAAAUGUAGAGAUUCUGGAUGACAGUCCUACUCCUGGGACAAAAGUAUACGAGGUUGUAAAUGAAGAUCCAGAAACUGCUUUCUGUACUCUUGCAAACAGGGAAGCUUUCAGUACCGAUGAGUGUUCAAUACAACACUGUUUAUACCAGUUCACCCGUAAUGAAAAACUUCGAGAUGCAAAUAAACUGCUUUGUGAAGUAUGCACACGAAGACAGUAUAGUAAUGGACCGAAGGGAAAUAUAAAAGGUGAGAAGAAGCAUGUUUACACCAAUGCCAAAAAGCAGAUGCUAAUAUCUCUUGCUCCUCCUGUUCUUACCCUUCAUUUAAAGAGAUUUCAGCAGGCUGGUUUUAACCUACGCAAAGUUAACCGACAUAUAAAGUUUCCAGAAGUCUUAGAUAUGGCUCCUUUUUGUACUGUUAAAUGUAAGAAUGUUGCUGAAGAAAACACGAGAGUAUUAUAUUCCUUAUAUGGCGUUGUUGAACACAGUGGUACUAUGAGGUCGGGGCACUACACCGCCUACGCCAAGGCAAGAACUGCAAAUAGUCAGCUGUCUAAUCUUGUUCUUCAUGGUGAUAUUCCACAAGAUUUUGAAAUGGAAUCAACCAAAGGGCAGUGGUUUCACAUCAGCGAUACACACGUGCAAGCUGUGCCUACAACUAAAGUACUAAAUUCACAAGCAUACCUCCUAUUUUAUGAGAGAAUACUGUAAGCAGUAAGUGCUUUCUCUGGAAUAAAUUUAUGGCUUUUAUACUGGCUGUAAUAAUAACAAUAAAAAAUCUAUAAAUCAUGUUCACUUAUGUAAAUGAAAGAAGUCAUGUAUUUACAUACUGAAGGGGAAAAUACUUAAAAAUUAAGUGGUUUUGUACUGUCAUAAUGGUUUUUAUUCUUGCUUUAUUUCUGGGAAUUUAAGUCCUCUGUUUAAUGUGUCAGGGUGGUGCAUCUUGACACAUGAAUAAACCCACAAAUUUAC